CAGAAACUCUAGCACAGUGACAGAAGCGCGAGAGGAGAAUGGGAAGGAAGAAGGGGUAUGUGGAGUUCGAUCAACCGCCGCCGGAUGACUUUGAUCCGGCGAAUCCGUACAAGGACCCGGUGGCCAUGCUGGAGAUGAGGGAGCAUCUUGUGAGGGAGAAGUGGAUCGACAUUGAGAAGGCCAAGAUUCUCAGAGAGAAGCUCCGAUGGUGUUAUCGCAUCGAAGGCGUCAAUCACCUCCAAAAGUGUCGCCACCUCGUCAACCAAUACCUCGAAGCCACCCGUGGUGUUGGGUGGGGCAAGGACGGUCGUCACCCCUCUCUCCACGGCCCAAAGGUUGAGCCAGCUGAAUCUGAAUGACUGUAUUAUGGGUAAAUGAAAGUGAGUUUGAUUAACCAACUGAUCACAUUUGCAUAAAUUGCAUACCAGGUGGAGGAAGAGUGCCAAAGUCCCAGUUUACUUUUCUUCUUUUCCCUUACUCAGAUUUGUGGUAUAUCACAGCUGUAUUUGAACCAUAUCUUAGGUUCUCUUUGGCUGGACUACUAGUUUUUUAUUGUUUGGUAGCAUUCAAAUGUGAAAAAAUCUGGACAGGCUUUGAGAAGGAUUCAAGUACAUGAGGUUAUGGAAUAAGUUCCUUUUGGUCCUUGCAAUUCUGCAUGCUUCAUUAAUAAUAACGGAGACUGUAAUCUAGAUUCACUCUGGUUGAUUCCUUAUUAGCACCUGGAAACACCACUCUCAAAUUGCUUCACCAAAUGUUACUAUAUUUGUUAUGAUUCCGGCUCUGUUAUGCUGACUGAUGAGUUAUUGUGAGAUAGAACACCAAAUCCAAUUAAAUGCAGCAACGUAUUAUUAGUGUGUA